GUAGACCUAACAAAGGAGUUAAUGCAGGAACUAGCAGAUGUAAAGGAAAAAAAAGAAUGCGAAAAAUCAGAACUAACAAAGGAUUUAAUGCAGAAACUAGCAGAUGUAAAGGAAAAAAAAGAAUAUGAAAAAUCAGAACUAACAAAGGUUUUAAUGCAGAAACUAGCAGAUGUAAAGGAAAAAAAAGAAUGUGAAAAAUCAGAACUAACAAUGGAUUUAAUGCAGAAACUAGCAGAUGUAAAGGAAAAAAAAGAAUACAAAAAAUCAGCACUAUCGAACGGGAUUACGAAUUUUAAGAAUGAUAGCAAAUACCGCACUGAACUUCUUUUACAAUCAAAAAGGAUGUGUAAUGUGAGAGGUGCCUUAGAGUUCAUCAGAUCAAUGAUUCAAUUGCAGGAUAAAACUACCUCAUUUCGUGAUCCUACAGACAGUGUUUUAAUGAAAUUGGUACAAGAUGCAAAGGUAAGAGAAACAGAAUCAUUGCCAUUGAAAUCGCCAAAUCAAGAAGAUGAAAUUAAAUGCCCACAAUCCAUUCAGUCCACCAAAAAAUAUAAAGGAAAACCCAAACAAUUUUUAAUUAUACUUAAAUCUAACAAUGAUACUCCACUACAACGUCGUGGUAAUUCAGAUAAUGGAAAAAGUGUUUUAAAUAGACACUUAAAAUAUAUGAAAAAAUGUUGGGGAAAUGAUAUUCCAUCAUCAUUGCCAGAAGAUGUUGAUCAGAUUUCAACCAACAGCAAUGAUAAUAAAUUCACUUCAUUUUUAUCUGAACAACUUGUUGGAUACUCUGCACCAUAUGAUCCUGAAUUUGUUAAAGAUCAAUUAGUGAAAUCAUCAGAAAUUGAAAUAAUAGAACCAGUGUUACCAGUCAAAGCAUCACUUUUACCAAAUUUAUUGGUACAAAACAAUCCAAAUAUAAAUUUGGAUCGUAUAGAUCAACGAAAACUUCCAUUAGACAAAAAAUUCAGGUUUCCAGCCUCACAAGGUUCAGGUGUAAAUGUUUACAUAGUUGAUACUGGGAUAAAUGUUAAACAUCAAGAAAUUAUAGGACGAGCUCGACAUGGUGGCUCAUUUUGUCCAAAUUGUCCUGCUAUAGAUGACCAUGGACAUGGAACACAUGUAGCUGCCUUAGUUGGUGGAAAAACAUUUGGUGUAGCAAGAAAAAGUAACCUGAUAGCAGUCAAAGUGUUAAAUAGCUUGGGUAGUGGAACUACGGCAGGUGUUUUGAGUGGAUUAACAUUUGUAUUGAAUCAACACAAAUCCAGCUCUAAUAAGAAAACAGUGGUUAAUAUGUCACUUGGUGGACCACUGUCACAAGCACUAAAUGCUGCUGUAGAAGCUCUUACUAAGGCUGGUAUACAUGUGGUAGUAGCAGCUGGUAAUAGUAAUACAGAUGCAUGUUCAAAAUCACCAUCAUCUGUUCCAUCAGCAAUCACAGUUGGAGCAACUGAUCUUGUUAAAGUUCUUGGUGUCAUUACUCUUGAUAAAGUGGCCAGCUUUUCUAAUUUUGGCAAAUGUGUGGAUAUUUUUGCACCAGGAGAUAAUUGUCUUUGUACACCAGUUACCAAUUCAUUAAAUAAACAAAUAUCAGCAUUGAAAAGUAUACAAGUUCAAAAUAAAUAA